AUGCAGCCUCCCGAAGGAGCACAGAUCGACCUGGGCAAGGCCCAGGUCAUGGAUCAAGCCCCAAAGGUUAUCAAACAGCUGAAGUUUGGUGUAUUAACGAAUAACGAUAUUGUCAAUCAAGCUGUGGUAGAAGUUUCGGAUAGGAAGUUUUUCGACCUCGAACAUGGCCGAACUAUAGCCCCACAUGGCCCUCUCGACCCGCGAAUGGGUAUUUCGAAUAAAACUGCAAGCUGUCAGACCUGUGGUCUCCAGCUGAAAGACUGCAAUGGGCAUUUUGGCUUUGUGCGACUCGUCCUCCCUGCGUUUCACGUGGGAUAUUUCCGACAAGUGAUCGGAAUCUUGCAAGAAAUUUGCAAGCAGUGCGGUCGUGUCCUUCUUACUGAGAAGGAGCGUCGCCAGUACUUGCGCGAACUACGACGUCCAGGACUUGACAAUCUCCGUCGGAUGCAGAUUAUGAAACGACUCAACGCGCGAUGCCGGAAAACUCGAGAGUGCUACUAUUGUGACGCAAUCAAUGGUGUUGUGAAAAAGGUAGGCUCGAGUGCGCUCAAGAUCACCCACGAUAAGUUCCGCGCAUUCAAUGCCUCUUCUUCCGUGAAAAAACAACCACCAGUCAGCAAGAUUGUUUUUGAUGAAUCUUUUGCGGAUGCGCGCAAAUCGAAUCCAGAUGUCGAAAAGCACUUUAAGAAAGCACAAGAAGACUUGAAUGCCCUGCGCGUACUGAAGUUGUUCCAAAAAAUUUCAAAUGCUGAUUGUGAGAUCCUUGGAUUGGAUCCGCAAGAAGCUCGUCCAGAAAUGUUUCUCUGGCAAUUUAUUCCAGCUCCCCCAGUCUGUAUUCGGCCUUCCGUAGGGCAGGAUGCAGCCUCAACAGAAGAUGAUUUGACGGCGAAACUCGGCGAUAUCAUUCAGAGCAACAUGACCCUCAAAAGCGCCCUCUUGAAAGGUGCCCCAGUGCAGAACAUCAUGGAAUGCUGGGACUACAUGCAGCUCCAGAUCGCCGUAUACAUCAACUCAGACGUACCGGGCCUCAACAAGGCGGACCUCGGAAAGCCCAUUCGGGGCUUUGUGCAGCGUCUGAAGGGAAAGCAAGGCCGAUUCCGAGGCAACCUUUCGGGAAAACGUGUCGAGUUCUCUGGACGGACCGUCAUUUCUCCCGACCCCAAUUUACGCAUUGACGAGGUUGCUAUCCCGGAGUUGGUCGCUAAAAACAUGACAUACCCGGAACUUGUCACUAGGUAUAAUAAAGAAAAGCUCCAAAAGUGCGUCCGAAAUGGUCCCACCAAAUGGCCUGGUGCAAGAUACCUGGUGAAAAAGGGAUCCGACUGGCAGACCAAUUUGAAGUUCGGCAAUCUCAAACAGGUGGCGAACGCGCUUCAAGAAGGCGAUAUGGUUGAACGACAUCUUGAAGACGGUGAUAUCGUCUUGUUCAACCGACAACCCUCCCUCCACAAGCUCAGUAUUCUUUCCCAUUUUGCCAAGAUCCGUCCUCACCGAACCUUCCGACUUAAUGAGUGUGUUUGUAACCCUUACAAUGCCGAUUUCGACGGUGAUGAAAUGAAUUUGCACGUUCCACAGACGGAAGAAGCUCGAGCAGAAGCAAUGGAAUUGAUGGGUGUGAAGAAUAAUUUGGCCACUCCCAAGAACGGCGAGCCUAUCAUCUCUGCCAUCCAAGAUUUCAUCAGUGCCGCUUUCCUCCUCAGCAACAAAGAUAAUUUCUACGAUCGUGGAACUUUCAGUCAAAUCUGUCUCUACAUGCUUGGCCCCGAGACACGGUUUGAUCUUCCACCUCCUUCGAUCAUGAAACCACAGAUGCUCUGGACAGGCAAGCAGGUCUUCAAUGUCCUGAUGCAUCCCAACAAGGAUGAUCCCGUCCUGGUUAAUCUUGAUGCGGCAUGCCGUCAAUUCAAAGCCCCCAAAGAUGGUCGACCAAAGGACUUGGAUCCCAAUGAUGCUUGGUUAGUAAUCCGUAAUUCGGAAGUUAUGUGUGGUGUGAUGGAUAAAUCUACCAUUGGUUCUGGAAAGAAGGAUAACGUGUUCUACAUUAUGCUUCGAGACUUUGGGCCUGCUGCAGCCGCCGAGGGCAUGAAUCGCUUGUCAAAGUUGUCUGCCCGCUGGUUCACAAACAUGGGUUUCUCAAUUGGUAUCACCGACGUCUACCCAAGUGAGAGGCUGAUUCAGUCCAAAAAUGAUCUGGUCGAAACGGCUUACGCAGCUUGUGACGAGGUCAUUGCCAAGUACAAAGCGGGCACUCUCGAAAAAUAUCCGGGAUGUGACGAGUUGCAGACUAUGGAGAACCAGAUCUCCGGUAUUCUGAGUAAGGUCCGUCAAGAGGCUGGUGACGAGUGUUCCAGCAUCAACGUGUCUCAGAUGGUUGCGCUUGUGGGUCAACAGAUUAUCGGUGGUCAGCGUGUGCAAGACGGUUUCCAAGAUCGUACACUCCCACACUUCCCCAAAAAUGCGCGGCAACCUCCCUCGAAGGGUUUCGUCCGCAAUAGUUUCUUCUCUGGACUCGAGCCUCAAGAAUUCAUCUUCCACGCCAUGUCUGGUCGUGAAGGUCUGGUUGAUACAGCUGUCAAAACUGCCGAGACUGGAUACAUGUCCCGUCGAUUGAUGAAGUCCCUGGAAGACUUGUCCACUAUGUACGACGAUACAGUGCGCAACUCCUCCGCUGCCAUUGUCCAGUUCCAAUACGGAGACGACAAGCUCGAUCCCGUGGAUAUGGAAGGUAAAGCUAAGCCUGUGCAUUUUGACCGCACAUUCAUUCAUUCCGAAUCAACGACCUACUCCAAUGACGAACGUAGUCUCUUGCCAGCAGAGAUCACGGCAGUCUGUAAUGAAAUGCUUGGUAAAGAGCGCGCAAAAUUGACUCGUCAGGACUUGAUGGGCAACCAGUUACAAUACAUGGAUCGCAGCGACAAUGGAAUUGACCAGUACGAAAGUGCGCGUGACUUCCUUGAUUCCAUUGAGGAAUAUGUCUCCGAAAAGGCUAAGAAGUUGAGUGAUCUUGGAGGCGACAUUGACCCAUCUGGUCCCAGCAGUCGUAAAGGACUGGAUCACACGGGGAAAUUGACGGAGACCACUCUUCGGGCUUUCAUCACCGCCUGCCUGACCAAAUACCGCAAGGCCCAGGUUGAGCCUGGUCAUGCCGUGGGUGCCGUGGGUGCGCAAUCCAUUGGUGAACCCGGAACGCAGAUGACACUGAAGACUUUCCAUUUUGCUGGUGUUGCUGGAAUGAGUAUUACUCAAGGUGUGCCUCGUAUCAAGGAAAUCAUCAACGCCUCGAAGGAGAUCAGUACGCCUGUUAUCUCUUGUGAACUGGUCACCAAGGACAGCUUGAGCUCAGCGCGCAUUGUCAAAGGUCGCAUUGAAAAGACCUUUUUGAGAGACGUGAUGGAGUCCAUGACCCAUAAUAUGUCUCCCGAGCGUGCUUACAUCACAAUCAGAAUAAACCUCCAAACGAUCGAAAAGUUGCAGCUUGAAACCGACGUUUCCCAGAUUUUGAAAGCGAUCAAAAGCCACAGACGUUUCCGUGGUGACGACAUCAGCUUUGAAACGACCAAGCGGACCAUCAAAAUGUUUAUGAAUUUGGAUCCGAGCUCUAAAGCAGGCCUUACUAAGACCGAAAUCGCGACGACCAGUAUUGAUCCCUUCCUUCGCCUCAAUCACCUCAAACGCUUCCUGCCCAACAUCCAGAUUCUGGGACACCCACGGGCCAACCGAGCCAUUAUCCGGACGGACGAUUCCAAGACCAACAAUGUAUUGCUGGUCGAAGGCUAUGGUCUGAUGGAGUGCAUGACCACCGUUGGUGUGGAUGGUCUCCAUACCCGGACCAACAACGUCAUGGAAGCACGUGAAGUCCUUGGAAUUGAAGCCGCAAGGAGCACCAUCAUCACCGAAAUUAGCGAAGUCAUGAAGGACAUGGACAUCGAUCCCCGCCACAUGCAGCUCUUGGCAGAUGUUAUGACCUACAAGGGUGAGGUCCUGGGUAUUACCCGUUUCGGUCUGCAAAAAAUGCGUGACUCGGUUCUUCAGCUGGCCUCGUUCGAAAAGACAGCCGAUCACUUGUUUGAUGCCGGUGGGCGGGCCGUACCGAUCUGA